AUGUUGGAGGAACCAGGGAACGUGUUUGUGGUGAGCCUGGCCUUUGCUGACCUCGUGGUGGCCUUCUACCCCUACCCAUUGGUGCUCUAUGCCAUCUUCCAUGAUGGCUGGUCGCUGGGAGAGACACAGUGCAAAGUCAGUGGUUUCCUGAUGGGCCUGAGCGUCAUUGGCUCCAUCUUCAACAUCACCGGCAUCGCCAUCAACCGCUACUGUUACAUCUGUCACAGCUUUGCCUACGACAGGCUGUACAGCUACCGCAAUACCCUCUUACUGGUGGGGCUCAUCUGGCUUCUCACCAUCCUGGCCAUCAUACCAAACUUCUUCGUAGGGUCGCUCCAGUACGACCCCAGGGUGUAUUCGUGUACCUUUGCCCAGGCCGUCAGUACAUCGUACACCAUCACCGUGGUGGUGAUUCAUUUCUUUGUGCCCAUAGCCGUGGUUACCUUCUGCUACCUGAGGAUCUGGAUCCUGGUCAUCCAGGUGAGGAGGAAGGUGAAGUCAGAGGUGAAGCCCCGCCUCAAACCCAGCGACAUGCGCAACUUCAUCACCAUGUUCGUGGUGUUCGUGCUCUUUGCCAUCUGCUGGGCACCGCUCAACUUCAUCGGUCUGGCCGUGGCCAUCGACCCAGAGACGGUGGCGCCACGGAUCCCCGAGUGGCUGUUCGUGGUCAGCUACUUCAUGGCGUACUUCAACAGUUGCCUUAAUGCCAUCAUCUACGGCCUGCUCAACCAGAACUUCCGUAAGGAAUACAAACGGAUUAUCAUGUCCAUGUGGAUGCCUGGUCUGUUCUUCCAGGAGGCGUCACAGGGGGGUACAGAGGGUAUGAGGAGCAAGCCCUCACCCAGACUGGGACUCAACAACAAUGAUCACGUCAAGGGAGAGGCUUUGUGACGCUGACUCCAAGGUUCUUCUCUCCUCCACUCCUCUCCUCCACUCCUCCCCUAUGGUGUUGUUGGACUUGUUUCUUUUCUCUCUCUCUCUCUCUCUCUCUCUCUCUCUCUCUCUCUCUCUCUCUCUCUCUCUCUCUCUCUCUCUCUCUCUCUCUCUCUCUCUUUUCAGUCAUGGAGUUCCAUUUCUGUCCUGUAUCUCACUGACUGCACAGUUGUGCUGUUACCGAAGCCUCAAAGAACAGUCAGAAUGGUGCGUAUUAAAGAGAGAGAGAGACACACACAAAGGUGUUGACUGAUGCUAACUGACUGUGUUAUUCACAAUUCGAAGAGUGCCAUUCAUGAAGCAUAUAUGUUCUAACUUAUUAUGUAUCAUGUCCUUAAGUAAACACCUCAGGCUGCCUGCCUCCUCUCUGCUGCUGUAGCAUUAUUCAUUUCAAAGUUUAAGCCCCAAAAGUAUUAUUGCAUUUUUUUUUACCCCAUUACGCCCAUGACACUUUUGUAUAAGACAGGGUAUUUAAAGACACAUUUGUUAUCUUCACAGUUUCCUCUGUAAAAGUAUUUAUCACACAGUUUAUUUUCUAUAUCGAUAUAUAUCUAUAUCAUUAUGACAAUCAUUAUGGCCAGCGUACAUUAGCGUAGAAAACCAUUUGUAAAAACCCUAUUGGUUGUAAAUAACAAAUAAGCGAUGGAGCAUGCCAACGGUAGGAGCUCACAAGGUCCUACUACUAACUAGGCAAUUGGAUUGUCAAAAGGUGCCUGAUUUUAUGCUCAUGCUCUCAAACAGGAGAUUUACCAAAAACAACCACUUUACAAGUUAACCCAGUUAGUAUGGGUUAACUCGUUAGGGUUGGAGUCAGCAUAUAGCGUGAGGCUUAGAGUUACACAAGGAUAUAAGACUGAAUAGACAACUACAUUAGAUACAUCAGCAGAUUUGGUCAUUUCUGUUGAGUCAGGAAUGGGGUGCUGUGAUGCCCCUCGACGGAGUGUCCUGAAUAACCCUCGCUGGUACAUUAUAAGCACAAUAAAGCUGUUUUAUCUCGGACGACAUUGUACUUAUGCAGUUUACAGGUUUCAACUGUACUCUUAGUAAUGCAUGAAAACAUGUGACCUAUUCUAUGCAUUUUACACUUCAUGUCAUUACCUUAAAACACUACAGCAAACCAACUUACUCAAUACGAUAUGUGAAUAAGGACAAUACUGUUUUUAUGAAAAAGUUAAUCUUAGUACAAAUCAAGUGAAUUAAUUCAGGCCGUAAUGACGCUGAAUACCGUUGUUGUGAUACUGUGUUCCAUGAUGAUGAAGAAUGUGCAUGAUAAACGUUGAUGCUUUGUGUAUUGUUUUGGUUGUUUGCUUGUUUUUUAUUUUACUUUUGCUUUGAAGAAACUAGGGUGUCUAUUCAAUCCGUAUCGCGGAAGUUCAGCGUUACAGCGUGAUUGAAAUUUAAAAGCAAUGUUCCCGCGUUAGCAGAGACUACAUUCACUGUACACACUGCAUAUGUUAGUUCAAUCGGAAAUUACCUUCAUAUUUCUAUUGAUGAUCUUGUGAAAACUGCUGCUGAAGAUAUCGAUGAUGUUGACAAAGAUUAUAUGAUGAUGAUGGUAAGAGGAAGAUCAUUCUUAAUUGGCAUGUAUGCAUGUGGAUGCACAGGGAGAAGGAGCGCAGUGGUCAAGCUAUAAGAUUUGUAAUUUUUUAAUUAAGAGAAAUACAUUGUAUUUAUUGCUGUGAUUUACAUAUAAAACUGAUGAAGAAUAUGCUUUUGAAGGGUUGUCAAUGUAAAAGUUUAGAUGUUAAUAAAAACCUUUAC